AUAUAUAUAUAUGCGUUAUUUUUUCAUUUUCAUGACAAAAUAAUUUUUUAUUGUAAAUAAUAAAUAAUACUAGUUGUAUUACAAAAAACGUAAUUAUGUAAUUUGUCAUUUUUAUUAUUAUAAAAAAAUUUGGUUGAAUCUUUAAUUGGUACAAUGCGUAUAGAGUUGGGCGAAACUAAUUGUCUAAGAAUUUUUUUAGUCUGAAAAUGUUAUUUAAAGAUAAGUCGAAAAAUCUGAGAAAAAUAUUUUCUAAAAAGAAUGUAAUGAAUAUAAAAUUUUUAUUGUUAACAUAAAUGAAUGAAUAAUUAGAAGGCUGGAUCCGCUUUUGGACAUCAUUUUCUGAACGAAACCCUAAAAAAGACUUUAAAACACAGAAAAUUUUUUUUUUACUUAUACGCUUUAUAUAACAAAUUAUUUGCAAAAUUUAAGAUAAUUAUAUAAUUGCACAAAUUGAAUUAAUUUUUGAAACGUCUUUUGAGUUGUAAUCGGAAAUUCCUAAUUCCACGUUUUGUCAAUUCAAGACGGAUAUAUAAAAGAAGUUUAUAACAUUGUAUGCAACAAAUUAUUAGUUGAAGUUAAAGUGUUAAACACAAAAGAAAUAAAAAAUGAAAGCUAACAUUGUAGUUGGAUCAGUUUUAACAAUAAUUCUAAUAAAUAAUGUUGAAGGGAAAUUUAACCUGGAUGGAUUGAAAAAAAUGACAAAACCCUUAAAAGCACCAUGCAUUCAACAAUCAGGUGUUGAUCCAGCAUUAAUUGAGGCAGCUAAUAAUAAAAAUUUUGUUGAGGAUCCUCAACUCAAGUGUUAUUUUAUGUGUGUUUUGCAAAAACUAAAAACAAUUAAAAGUGGAAAAAUUGCCGUGUCUGCUUUACAAGCACAAAUUAAUGCUUUAGUUGAAGACUCCCUUGCUGUUCGAUUAUUGCAAUUGACAGAAGCUUGUAAACAUACAACUCUUAUUGCAGACCUCUGUGAAGCUGCAUAUGCAUAUAUUAAAUGCGGUGUAGAAUAUGAUAAUAGUUUAAAUUUUUUCCCAUGAGAAAGAAAUAAGGUGACAACAAAUGUGCGUAGAAACAUUGUACUAUUUUAUUUUUUUCAAUUUUUUGCAAAAAUAAUUUUUUACUAUAAAUGCUAAAUAAUAGGUAUUAUUAAUCUUAUUACAAAAACAUAAUUAUGUUAGUAAUUUUAUUUUUCUUUAUUG